AUGUGCUGGGUGAGUGCUGUUGGUCCUCAAGCUGUCACGGUCAGCGGUCCGCCUACAACCUUGGAACAAUUCAUUCAGUAUCUAUCCAGACAGGCUACUCAGCAGGUUGUUAAACAGCUUCCAAUAUUUGGACCCUAUCAUGCCCCAUACUUGAGAUUGGGGUCGGAUUUCGCGCAGUUCUUAAGCGAAUGCAAUGUUAGCUCCAACCUUCUAGCAGGCUUGCCAGUUUUGAGGAAUGUGAUAUCUGCCAGCACGGGGAAUUCCGUCCAGGCGGAUAAUGCCCUUGACCUCCUCGGUGACGCUGUCCAGAGCAUCAUACAUGAACCAGUUUGCUUAGACUUGGUGAUUGAGGAGUUCGCCUUCUUCUGUAAUCUGGCCGACAAUCCUUGUUCCCCCACCAUUACUGCCGUGUGUCCUACGACUGGGUUGGGGGGUAUUGAAGGAGCACUCAGAUCACAAACGCAAGCUGCCAUCUCAAUCGAUAAUUUCCAUGACCUGGUCAGAGAGUGGAAUCCAUCACCGGGAUCUUUGGAUGCUCCUCUGGCCAUUGUGGGCACGGGUUGUCGAUUUCCCGGGGCAGACACGCCAGAAGAACUGUGGGAGCUGCUGGAAUCAGGCCAGGAUAUGCAUAAAACGAUCCCACAAAGUCGCUUCGAUAUCAACAAACAUGUCGACCCAACACUCAAGAGAAAGAAUACUUCCUCAACACCAUAUGGAUGUUUCAUCGACCAGCCAGGGCAAUUUGACCUUCGGCUUUUUAACAUGUCCCCUAGCGAAGCUGCCCAGACGGAUCCGAUGCAACGCCUUGCUCUGAUGACUGCAUAUGAGGCACUGGAGAUGUCAGGUUUCGUGCCGAAUCGGACUCCUUCAACGGCCCUUGACCGGGUGGGAACCUUUUACGGUCAAACUAGUGAUGACUAUCGAGAUACCAAUGCAGCACAGGAAAUUGGGACAUACUUUAUUACAGGCGGACUCCGUGCAUUUGGCCCGGGUCGGAUCAACUAUUAUUUCAAUCUCGGUGGGCCCAGCUACAACAUUGACACAGCCUGCUCUUCCAGUCUCACAGCUAUCCAUCUAGCAUGCGCCUCAAUCCGGAGUGGCCACUGUGACACUGCUGUGGCUGGCGGGUUGAGCGUGCUGACAUCUCCGGAUCUCUACGCAGGACUGAGUCGAGGGCAUUUCCUAUCCGAGACUGGAUCCUGUAAGACCUUCGAUCAUGGUGCAGAUGGCUACUGUCGUGCUGAUGGAAUUGGAACCGUGAUAAUCAAGCGAUUAGCCGAUGCACAACGCGACAACGACAACAUACUGGGUGUGGUAUUGGGUACUGGAACGAAUCAUUCGGCGGAGGCAGUGAGCCUUACUCAUCCCCACCCCCAAACGCAGGCCAAAUUGUUCCGGGAUGUUAUUGAAAGGUCUGGGAUAGAUCCAUUAGACGUAAACUACGUCGAGAUGCAUGGAACCGGGACACAAGCCGGAGAUAGUGCCGAGGUGGCGUCGGUGGUUGACGUUGUUGCUCCUUUUGGCCAAAGAAAGCUCGAUAAUCCACUUUACGUGGGCUCGAUCAAGGUGGGUACAUGA